AUGGAGCACCGCAGAAAGGGGCUCGAAUGUUUUACUACUCCGGAGCCUAGUGGAAUUUUCUUAUCUUUCAUAAUACCGUUGGGAGGGCACACACCAAAAGAAAUGGUUUCGUUUAUGUACAACGGAAUAUGCUUAGAUCUGCAGAAGAUUCUUGUCGGAAUAGGCCGGGCUUCCAUAUCUAAAGAUGUAGGGAACAAAGUUCAGGUGUCUCUGAAUGUGAGCCGUCCCUGCAGCAUCCAUCAAAUAAUGGGUUUAGUUAGCAAAUGCUUCAGGUACUGCUACAGAGUAGAGAUACCUCUUUGCCUGUAUCCUGUGAAGGCUGAAAUAAUGGAAAAAAUCAAGGAAAUAAUGGACGCCACAGAUACUUCCAUUUGCAUCAAGAUAGAUGGCAAGGUUGAGGCUUUUAUCUGCGGAAAAAGAAAAUCAUGCCUUGAUGCAAGAAUGAAAGUACUUUUGAUGAUUGAGGAAGCGUUUGGGAGAGCCACCGAAAUUAAAAGCAUGAAUAUACCUACAAAGGAAGUUGUUAGGAAUGGAGGAAGGAUAUUCUAUCACUCAAGAAUAAAUUCUGACAAAUGCCUUAUAUCCCACAAUACGGUGGUUCUUGGCCUCCAGGAGCCUGAAAAAAUAGUUGAAAGGCUGGUACUUGACACACAAAAGACUAUACAUUUGUUUUCAUACAAGGGGGAUGAAGUUGAAGAUAUUUUGGCAGACACUCAGUCGUACAUAGCCACAAGGGAGAUAUGUGAAGACUACACAGAGGUGAUUUUAAAAGGAUUUGAUCUGUAUGAGGUUAGAAGAGCAAAGAACAAGAUAAAUCUACUUUACAAUAGUAUAAUGAAAGUUGUGGUAGAAAACAUGAAGUACCCUAACUAUGAUGGUGCUUUUAUACUCCGGAUCAAGAGCGUAAGCUGUGGAUUCAUGGUUAUUGGUGAAAAGCGGACCUUAUUGAAAAUAGUGGAGGAGAAUGGAGGAUAUGUCGAGGGUGAGAUGGAUAUUGAGACAGAAACUGUCGAGUUUCUUUGUGGAAAGAAAAAUGGGAAGAUCACAAGGAUUAUGAGGGAUGUGUGCUGUGGAAUUACAAUUCACAAGAAGCCGGAAAGUACCCGGAUUCACAUGACCAUAAGUGGAUCUUCUGAAGCAUUUAAGAGUGCCUUAGGAAUGAUUGAAGAUGAGUUCCCAGAGGAGUUGACUUUCUAUAUCGAUGAGAAGCAUCAUAAAAGAAUCAUUGGGUACGGAGGAAAGAAUAUUCAAAAGAUAAUGAAGAAACAUGGGGUCUAUAUCAAAUUUAUGAAUGAAAGAGAAAGAAAAAGAUUUGCAUACAAAGACAAUGUUGUGAUAAAGACUCCGCGUAAGAAUGUUGAGAACCUUGUUAAUAUGAGGAAUGAUGUGAUGGGGUUGAUAGGAUGUUUCAAAGGUGAUACUAAGUGUCUCGAAACAGUAGUGUCCCUACAUGAUUUCUAUGAUCUAGGAUAUCCGAUAUACCGGUUUCUCCAUAACGCAGCUAUUGUUAAAGGCUCUGAAACCAAUGCAUCGUAUUACCUUAGUGAAGAUUUUAAUACGAGUACUAAGCCUUAUUAUGCAUUUAAACUAAAAAACAGUGGCCAAUGGUUCAUAAAAACUACAGAGACACUUUCUCUAGAAAAGGUUUCUACAAUGCAUUGGCUUAAAGGUAUUGAAAGGAUGUCUGUGUUUUCAUGGCUAUUUGGGCGCGGAUACAACUCCUUGUUCAAUACAGAGAGAGGGGAGAAGGCUAAAAGCCAUACUCUUCUUGAAGUAGGCCUCCUAUUUAAAAAAUAA